UAUUCAAGCGAAGUCCUGAAACGGUGUGUUUAGUAGUGUGCUUGUUUAACUUAUUGCAGGGAAUGUGCACGUGCAUUAAGAGAAGUCCUAACACAGUCUGUUUCAUUUGUUUGCAGGGAAUGCCUACGUCAUACACAGAGUUGGUCAAACGAAUAAUACACCUGUUCCUGGCAUGUGCUGUCCUGCUGGCGCCGACGGCGGCCAGUCUAUGUGAAGAGCGGUGCGAGUCCGCUAACCCCUCACUACACAGGCUUAGAGCCCUUUGGACGCGCAUGUACAAACAUUCAAGUACAUCAUUCGACCAGUUCGUGCAGUCGUUGGUGUUUUCUUUCAACACGGAGAGGUCGCUACACCCGCUGAUGAGAACGAUCGUCACCAUGUUGGGCGACUACCGCGAGUGUGUUAUGGCGUGUGAACACCAGUUCAGUAAACGGAGUUUACUCAGUCCGUACAGGAGAACGUUUCAAAUUAAACAGCUCUAUAAAACAAUAUGUAAGUUUCAUUUGAAACUUCACGGAACAACACAUGAUCUGCCCUCCAAAAUUAAGAUGCAUUGCCAUGGCAACAAGGCAACAGUUUGAAGAACGAGAGACCUCGCAGAGAACAAUACCGUUAUGUUUAUUUGUUUUGUUUUAAUUCCCCGUUUUCAAGUUUACCACCUACGGCCAGUGGAACCGGAAAUGAAAUGUCACGAUCGUCUGCUGUUCUCGCUAGCUUCCUGAAACUUCUGGCAUCUCUUACGACUCCUGAAUAGACUCAUUUUAAAAGGAACUCAUCUCUGACCUGAGUCGGUUUUCGUUCCAUAUCGAACUAGGGCCGUCAAUUCACCGGAAAUGGAAAGAGAAUGGUACUAUAAGAAGCGAGGCGGAGUCGUUGAAAGGAAGUUUUGAGAGAAACCGAAUCAUCGGUUUUUCUCGGAAUAGCGGAAGCGAAUAAUGGUUGGCGCACACCCACCGAUUAACUUCGACUCGACUGUCGAGUGGGUAGUAGUCUGAAAAUGUGCACCUGCACACACCAGCCGACGUGACAGUCUAAUCGGAGCAAAACUGCAGAUUAGACGCGACUGUCGCGUCUUUGAAACUGCACGCACCUACCGAUUGACGCCGACGCUACUGUGGAGUCUGCGUUAAUCGGUAAGUGUGUGCCAAACAUAAUGAGUUAAAAUGGUGCUUUCGCUCACGUUCUCUUGGUGCUUCUAAUGUCCUUUAUGUACAAACUGAUUAAAGCAAGAGACCAGGCUAAAGAUUUUUGUCCGAAGUUGUCUUAGCGCUACGAUAUCGUAAAACCAUCGUAAGCUAUGAUGUUACAACAACGAAUGUCAUAGCCCACGACAGCUUUAUGAUAUCGUAGCGCUAAGAUAGCUUCGAAAAGCUGGGCCCUGUUGUGCAAAACGUAAGCUAAUUUAACCAGUGGUUAGGAAAAUAGUUUUAAAACCAGUUUUCGAAUCGGUGCGGGGGCGUGACGUAUUUCAAUUUCCGUCAGUACCCCCACGAUAAAUAAAGUCAUGUAUCGGACCGUGGGAAAAUGGGUACAGUUGGUCAUUUGCUGAUUUUCCGUUGGAGCAGCUGGUGUGGUGAUUGUGAGGUUUUUCUAUCUCACUGUCUGACUGUUUGUUCUUAGUGUGUCUGACGCUUUUCUUGCUGCGGUCUCUAUCUCUAUCUGGGUAUCUUUCUUUCUUCCCUCUCUCUCUCUCUCUCUCUCUCUCUCUCUCUCUCUCUCUCUCU